AUGGGCGUCUCUGCCUCCAAGACCGCAAAAGCUGCGGGCUCCGCUGCGCGUAAAUACCCCACGAGGGCCCCGCCUGGUACGACGACUCGAGCUGCUGCUCCUCCUCCUCCUCCUCCUGCUACUACUACUACUUCUUCGCCGCUGGCUUCGACUAUACAGCAGGCACCGAGUCAUGCGGCAACGGGACCGAUUGUACACACCAGUGUGCCAGCCUUGGAGGUGAAGAAUGAAGCAAUCACACAAGACGCGCGCGACCCCGGUCUCGCCGCCCGCCUCACCAGCCUCGGCCCCGUGCAACCCAACCCCCACUUCUCACCCACGUCGACCUCGCAAUUCGACCCGCGCCGCAACACGGCGCCACAAUUACCAUCGGACACGAUGAUGCAGGCGCCGCCGCCGAGUGCAUUUCCGGAUGCGCGGAACAAUCCGGUGUUGCGGGUGUUGGAGGCGCGGCGGCGGAUUGCAGACGAGGCCGAGGAGGAGCUGGGGAAUGUGGGGAGGCGGAGUUUCAAGGGCCGGGUGUAUUUGGAUGCUGGGUUGGUGCAGUUGGCGUUGAUGAGGAGGGCCAAAGGCGAGCCUGAGGCGAGGAUUGAGGAGGCGUUGGGGAUUAGGAAGGGUAGGCUGGGGGUGUUGAGUCGGGGGGUGUUUGCCCCUGUGCAUGAGUGA